AAUACACAUCGUUGGCUUGUAAACUAAUUUUAUUUUGAAAUUGAAAGAAAUAACUUAAGAUAUAGCUCGUCGUUAAAGCCAAUAUCACAACAUGUCUAUUUCCAUGAUUGCACUAUUCAUAUUGUUUUUCGGAGGAACGACAUAUUGCGAAGAUGUACAAAUUGAAUUCUCGGAAGAUGAUUUUAAGUGUACUCUGCCUGAUGUGAAAAGUGAAGAUGACAAACUAAAUGUAACAAGGUUCAGAUCUGACUUCUCCAAAAUAUCUGAGGUUAAAUUUCCAGGUGUGAUAGGUCCUCUUAAUGAGAGACUAAUAUGUAAGAUCAAGUGCAUUGAUGGCAACUGGGUUGGUCCGCUCUGCUCCAGCACACCAGAUGGACGGUUUCAGCCGAUCCUCCGUGAAUGUGUUUACCGCAAUGACCACCCCUUGCUGGCCAUUUCUUUCAGAAACUCCACCAUUGAGAAGGUAAUGCACUUCCCCCACGGCGCAACCAUAGUAGCGCGGUGCCGCAACUUCGGCCUCUACAAGAUGAAGGGGGACGGCGUGCUGCGCUGCGAGAACGGCGACUGGGCGCCGCGCUUCCCCGAGUGCGUGCCCACAACGCUUAUCACCAACUUCACAAGUGACGCGCCCCCAACGAUCCUCCACACGGUCGUCAGCGGCUCAGCGGUGGUGUCCGUGGCCGGCGAGUUGUUUGUGUACCCGGAGAGCUCGCUGCGGCUCGACUGCGUGUCCAAACGGACGCUUGGCGAUCCCGAGUGGGGCUGGACACAGGCGCUGGGCCAGCACACACAAGGCUGGUCGGAGGAGGAGGGCGAGCGGGACACGCACUACCGGCUGACGCUGACCAAGAUGUCGGCGCGCCACAGCGACCAGUAUAUCUGCGCGUCGCCGGCCGGACACACCAACACCGUGCAGAUUAAAGUUGUUAGUGUCAUAUGCCCACCGUUGAAGAUCGGAUCGCCGCGCGUACGGCAAUUCGCUCAAGGAACAAGACUUGGGCAUACGGUGCAUUUUAGUUGCCAGCCGGGCUUCCAUCUCAACGGGUCGGCUGUUCUCAUCUGUGGGGCAGACGGUAAUUGGUCAUCCCUACCCCCAACGUGCGUCGAAACCUUCUGCCCUAUGCUCAACACCCUCGGGCCUCACCUGAGCGUCGUCGAGUACAACUCCUCGUACGGUGGCCGGGCCGUGUUCCAGUGUGCAUGGGGGUACAGACUAGUAGGGCCCCCGGGCCUCGAGUGCGAGCAGGACGGCGUGUGGAGCGGCGACACCCCGCGCUGCACGCCUAUAUACUGCCCAGACCCGAUAGUGCCAGCGAACGGUCGUCUUCUCACACAGUCCUCCUCAAAACACGGAAAAUACCCAGUCGGCGAUCUCGUCAUAUACGCAUGCGAGGACCAGUUCCAAAUGGUCGGGGAAUCCUCCAUAGUGUGUACGGAGAAUGGGUUCUGGUCGCAUCCCCCGCCGUUCUGCCUGCAGCCCUCGGAGAUCAGGAAGGCGGAUACUAUUUAUAUUGAGAACACUACGCUCGUGCAUGUUGAAGAGUAAGAUACCUAUGUUGUGUGCAGUUAUUAUGUAUAGUAGGCGCUCGGUAUUCCGACGCUAGUCAAUCCGGCACGCCCAUUUCCGGCAAUUACCGACUCAGGUGGACCGCUCUAAAAUCCGGCAGUUUACACAUUACUACAAUAUUAAGAGAAAUAAUAGGUAACCUGGAGUCGGAGAGCCGAAGCCAGGGUAUACGAGUAGCGUAGUUACAACACGAGUGUAGGUAUUAGGGUGGGUCAUUUUUACUUCUUUUUAAUUUAAUAGGGGGCACAAUUAAAAAAAGGUGCCAUUUGGUAUUUAAUUAUUGCACGUAUUUUUAUUUUUAGCUUUAAUUUUACUGCCUCCGGAUUUUGGUCAAAGUUUUUGUUAAAUGUAUGGACAUUAUGAAAAAAAAAUGUUUCUUUUUGAGUACUUUUUUAUUUAUUUAUUGGCUCUGAACCUUUACCAUGCUAUUUCGAGCUAAUAAUGGUAUAACUUUUUAGCUAAAGUUUGAAUUAAGAGACGAUACAUAAAUAUACUCCGCAGACCAUACAAAAUAUAAUAAUAAAUAUACGAAAACUUUGAAAUGGAUCCGGAGACAAAAAAUGAAUUCCGAUUACAGAAUAAUUUGAAAUACUGUUUAUUGGCAUUAUUACGCAACUUUUUGUAACUGUGCCCGAAGGAUAACUAAUACUUUUUUUUUCUCCAUACACGAGUGACCCACCCUAGUAGGUAUAUCAAAGAACGUCUUUAUUUGAGCGUUUUCCAAAAAAAAUGUACAUUUCAUUCAUGUCUUCAAAAUAUUGACUUCUUGGGCUCAUUUUACUCAGAAUCAUUUGUACUACAAUUUGUACAAUGUAUUCCCUCAUAAAAAAAUUCUCAAGCGACUUAAAUUUUUCGUCAGAGGGCUCGUCUGUCAAAUCUUUGGGUAAUAAGUAGUAUGUAGGUCUGAAGACACGGGUUUUCCCCUGCAAGUGCCAUGGGACACGGGGCACUUCUAACCUUCUAAGACAUUCUGUUGAGCGAAUCAACCUGCCAGAGAGGUUAACUUUCGAAAACGACGACAUAUUUAUUCUAACAUACAUUUCUCAUAAACUUCAGUUCAGUUCAGACAAAUGUAAAGUAGUUCAUCAUUAUUUCGUAACAAAUCAUAGGUGAGGCGACAGCGGCUGGGAAAAGUCAAUUUAGAUAUUCUUUUAACUUAUAAAGAAAUAUGUUUGUGUUAUAUUUGUAUUAGGUACGCUUACAAAGUCAUUAUACUGCCUAAAAUGUUUUAAAGUGUCCUUUUUAUGUUAAUAUUUAAAGAUACCGUUGGUUGGUUGCCAAGUGACAUGAUGGGAUAUCAUUUUCUGCAAUAAUUUACAAAACACACAUAAUAUGUUUUGGAUAGCCUAGUAAAUACUCAGAAGGCUUUAAUGUAGAGUUUCUACAGCCACGUUCUCAUGCAGUAUAAAAAAUUAUGCCACGCCGAUUUCACGCCGAUCACGCCGCCGCCGAUGAUUUUGCCAUCGGCGCACAUGUCUAGUCGACACUAAUAAAGUGAAAUAAAGUUUACAUUUAUGUGGGUUGAUUACCUUGGUUCAAAGCAGUACAAUUAAUGAAGUUUAUUGAUGAACCAAGAAUAAACUUUUAUUAGUCUAUUAAGUAAACUUUUAUUAAGUUAACUAAAAUGAAGUGGUAAAUAUUUAGAUUAACUCCAUAUUUCACGGUAAGAUAGUUCCUUUUACUUUAGCACUGUUGUGUCUCUACUCUCUGAUAGUUCUUGUUGUUAGUCAAAUAAGCCAAAGAUGUAUUCCUGUUUACGUGCUAUGUUGUUGAUUGUACUAGUUGUAGUUGUUGGUCAUGUUAUUAUUUAUUUAUUAAAAUUAUGUGUUAUGAAA